AAAAUCAAAAGAAGAAGAUCUUAUGCAUUCACUUUGGGUCUUCGGCACACCUCGGGCAUGGAGCUGCAGUCUGUCCUCAUCGUCUUCCUGAUGGGGUUUGCUUUGUCGAUUUGUUUGCACUUGAGCUACUUGUCUGACAGUGACAUCAGGAUCUUAAGGUCAGCCCGUGCUGAACAGACUGUUAAUGGACGUGUUAAUCGUCCAUCAGAACCCCAGAGCGGUUCUGUUGGUAGUUGGCUUAUCCCACCCACAGAGGAGGAAAUUGCUUCCAGAAAUGAGCAAUGCACAGUGGAUCCAGAGAGCCGCUUUGACUGUGCCAGAGACAGAGCCCUGAGCCGGUCACAGUGUGAAGACAGAGGGUGCUGCUACGCGCCUCUGCCGGACUCUACAGGUCCACCAUGGUGCUUCUACCCAAGUACUUACCCCGGCUAUAAAAUGGGUCCGCUCACUCCCACCUGGCAAGGCCAGACUGCCACACUGGUGCGGACCAACCCAUCCUAUCUCCCCAGAGAUAUCGCCACUCUCCGUUUAGACGUGGUAGAGGAGGAUGCAGGGUGCCUACACAUCACUUUUAAGGACCCGUCAUCUCAGCGAUAUGAAGUACAGCUUCCUGCUGGUCAUUCCCACAGGAAUCUUGACACCCAGGAUCCUCUCUAUACAACGGAAUUCCACCCUGAUCCAUUUGGCUUUAUUGUGCGUCGUAAAUCCAAUGGAAGAGUGAUUGUGAAUACCACAGUCGCUCCUCUGUUGUUCGCUGAUCAGUACCUGCAGAUCUCCACCGCACUCGCCUCCUCUCUUGUGUCAGGUCUUGGAGAACAUUACACUGCCCUCCUCCUGGACCUUAACUGGACCUCUCUGACUCUCUGGAACAGAGACAUGGCACCUCAUGAUGCUCAUGCUAACUCCUAUGGUUCCCACCCGUUCUACAUCGUACAGGAAGAGGACGGCAUGGCAAAUGGAGUUUUUCUUCUGAACAGCAAUGCUGUUGAGGUGUCACUGCAACCAACGCCGGCUCUUACCUGGGUGGCCAUUGGUGGAAUCCUGGAUCUUUACAUUUUCUUAGGUCCGGACCCUCAGAGUGUCAUCCGACAGUACCUACAGGUCAUUGGUUAUCCCAUGAUGCCUCCGUACUGGUCUUUGGGCUUUCACCUGUGUCGUUGGGGCUACACCACCACUAAUGCAACACGGGAGGUGGUCCAACGCAUGCACGACGCCCAGUUUCCUCUGGAUGUGCAGUGGAACGAUCUAGACUAUGCAGAAAAUCGCACUGUUUUCACCUUUGACCCCUGGCGAUUCGGGGAUCUCCCAGAGAUGGUGGAGGAAUUCCACAGCAGAGGCAUGAAGUACAUCCUGAUUCUGGACCCUGGGAUCAGCAGCACCAGUCCUCCUGGAACUUAUGCCCCCUUUGAUGACGGACUGAAACGAGACGUCUUCAUUAAAAAUGCUACCGGACACGUCCUGAUAGGGAAGGUCUGGCCUGGACCCACAGCCUUUCCUGACUUCACCAACCCUGAAACGAGAUGCUGGUGGGACGACUGCAUCAGAACUUUUCACUCUAAAGUUCCUGUGGAUGGUCUGUGGAUUGACAUGAAUGAACCAGCCAGUUUUGUCCAGGGUUCAGUGGAUGGUUGUCCUGACAAUGACUUCGAGAACCCCCCUUAUACACCACCGGUCGUUGGCGGACGGCUGAACUCGGGAACUCUUUGUGUGUCGGCUCAGCAGAAUGUGUCCACUCACUACAACCUGCACAACGUUUAUGGACUGACGGAAGCUGCCGCCACUCACAGUGCCCUUAUAAAUACCCGUGGUAAGAGACCCUUUGUCCUGUCGCGUUCCUCAUACUCCGGCAUUGGUCGUUUCUCCGGAGUGUGGACAGGAGAUGUCCAAAGUGACUGGGAACAGCUUCGAUACUCCAUCCCUGCGGUGCUGCAGUUCAGUCUGUUCGGGGUUCCCCUGGUCGGAGCUGACAUCUGUGGCUUUGGUGGCAACACCACUGAGGAGUUGUGUGUGCGCUGGAUGCAGCUGGGGGCCUUCUACCCAUUUAUGAGGAACCACAACGGCAAGCCCAAUGCUCCUCAGGAGCCGUAUGUUUUUGGGAAGAAGGCCCAGGCUGCCAUGAGGACGGCAGUGAAUCUCCGUUACUCCCUCCUUCCAUUUCUCUACACACUCUUUCAUCAUGCUCACACAUCUGCUGAGACUGUGGCCAGACCUCUCUUCAUGGAGUUUCCUGCUGACCCUAACUGUCAGACCAUAGACCAACAGUUCCUGUGGGGGAGUUCUCUUCUCAUUAGCCCAGUUUUAGAACAGGGAGCAGUGGAAGUGUCUGCUUACCUUCCCCCUGGAACCUGGUACAGUCUGCACAAUGGCCAGCCCUUCUACAGUAAAGGCCAGUACCUCCUCCUUCCAGCUCCUUUGGACAUCAUUAACGUCCAUGUGAGGGAGGGACACAUUAUCCCCCAGCAGGCGCCUGCUUUGACAACCACAGCUUCACGCAGAAAUGCCUUCUUCCUGACGGUGGCGCUGUCAGCAGGAGGCUGGGCCUGGGGUGACUUGUUCUGGGACGAUGGGGACAGCCUUGACACAUUUGAGACAGGAAACUACUGCUACCUUUUCUUCAGUGCGGGGCAGUCGCAGGUCGUGAGUGACCCUCUGCGGCUGAAUGGGAUGCUUGAUGGUCUGGUUUUAGGGGGCCUGCAGGUGUUAGGGGUGAUGUCCCCGCCGCAGUCUGUGUGGGCCAAUGGGGAGAAAGUGCGUGACUUCAGCUAUCGCAGCGACACCAACGUGUUGACAGUGACAGAUCUGGCGUUGUCCAUGUCAGAGGCCUUUACAGUCCAGUGGACUCUGUGAGGGCUUACUCAUGAACCUUUGGGAGCUGUGUACUUUCUGGGCUGCCAACAGCUGAUGUUCCUGAGCCACCCUACAGCUCGCUGUGUACUUUUAUGCUGCAUUUACACAUAACGACGACAAGUCACGAAUGCCACGAAGUACACAUUCUUGGCCGCUGAUCACGAAUGUGUUGAUUUGAGGCAGAGGCAUCAGGUGUCCUCAGGAACUGCU